UUCUUUCUUUCUUUAUUUUUUUUGUUUGCUUUAAAGGUUUGAUUUUUAAAACUUAUGGACUCCAUUUCACUUUUUCUUUUUGGCUCUCGUUUAUGAAAAUUUUGAAAUUCCUCCAUCCAUUUCCAUUCAUAUUCUUGUUGAAUUUUGUUGUCUCUUUCUCCUGAGUUUGAGUCAGCUUUGUAUCUAAACAAGUUUCCAGAUCUUUGCCUUCCUUUGACUUAGCCUGACAUCGUCCCUGUCUUAAAACUAGGGUUUUAAUUUUCCUGUUUAGGUUUUUCUGCAGCUGUUUUUGUCUCUUCAAUUUUGAGAUUUGACCAUCUGGGUCGCGAAUUUCGCUCCUCUUUGAUCAUUAUAAAUUUAAGUCGAUUCAAAAGGGAUUUGAUUGCGUCACAGAGAUCUCUUUUAGUAACAUGUUGAGCCAAUGAAGUUUAGUUUGAUGAGAUGGGUUGUGUAUUGGGUCGACCCGGAUCAUCAGGAUCAGUUUCUGGGUCUAGAGACGAAUUUAGCUCAAGGAUCGAGUCUAAUCGAAAGGAAGUAAACAAUGUGUCCGUGACGAAAACCGAAACCACAGAGAGCGCUAGUGUUGUUGUUGCCUCUGGUUUUGCUUCUGCUUCUACUGGUGCGGAGGUUAGGAAUGAUGAAGCUGUUGUGAAUCACAAGGAAGAGAAUGGUUUUGCUGUGACAGAGGCCAAAGAGAGAAAACCGAAAGGCGAAAGAAAAAGGUCUAAUAAGCCUGACCCGAGACGGAGCAACCCGCCAAAGAACUUGCUCGGUGAGCAGGUUGCAGCCGGAUGGCCACCGUGGCUCUCUGAAGUUUGCGGGGAAGCUCUAAGCGGGUGGCUUCCUCGAAAAGCUGAUUCUUUUGAGAAGAUUGAGAAGAUCGGAUCAGGAACGUAUAGUAAUGUGUACAAGGCGAAAGAUUCGUUGACUGGAAACAUAGUGGCAUUGAAGAAAGUGAGGUGCGAGAUUAUGGAACGCGAGAGCUUGAAAUUUAUGGCUAGAGAGAUUCUGAUUCUGAGGAGAUUGGAUCAUCCAAAUGUCAUCAAAUUAGAAGGUUUGGUUACUUCGAGGAUGUCGAAUAGUUUAUACUUGGUUUUCCGUUAUAUGCAUCACGAUCUAGCUGGUCUCGCUGCAAGCCCGGACAUAACAUUCACCGAGCAACAGGUAAAAUGCUAUAUGAAGCAGCUACUCUCGGGGCUCGAGCAUUGCCAUAAGCGAGGAGUUCUUCACCGUGAUAUUAAAGGAUCAAACCUUCUUAUAGACGAUGACGGAGUUCUUAGAAUAGGAGAUUUCGGGCUUGCAACGUUUUUUGAUGCGAGUAGAAGGCAACUAAUGACGACCCGGGUUGUUACUUUAUGGUACAGAGCACCUGAGCUUCUUCAUGGUGUUGUUGAGUAUGGUGUAGGCGUUGAUCUAUGGAGCGCCGGUUGCAUUUUAGCCGAGUUAUUAGCUGGUAGACCGAUCAUGCCAGGUUCUAACGAGGUGAAUCAGUUGCAUAGGAUAUAUAAGCUAUGCGGAUCGCCUUCUGAAGAGUAUUGGAGAAAGAUUAGGCUCCCUUCUCAUGUGAAGCCACCCAAUCCGUUACCAAAGUUUGAUAGAAAAGUAAGAGAUGUUUACAAAGCUUUCUCUCCUGAGGCACUUUCUCUUCUCGAUACUCUUCUAGCGAUUGAUCCUUCUCAGCGCAAGACAGCUACAGAUGCGUUGAUGAGUGAUUUCUUGACGACGGAGCCAUUUCCAUGUGAACCUUCUGAUCUCCCGAAAUAUCCUCCAACCAAAGAGAUUGAUGCCAGGAAACGAGACGAAGAGUAUCGGAGACAAAGAGAAGCUCGUAAGGCUCAUGGAGAGAGCGGAAGAAGAAUCAGACCCCGAGAACGAGCUCCAAGAGCAAUGCCGGCUCCUGAAGCCAACGCCGAGAUUCAGUCUAACAUCGAUAGGAUGCGUUUGAUCACGCAUGCGAAUGCGAAGAGCAAGAGCGAGAAGUUUCCUCCACCGCAUCAAGACGGCCUCGGUUUUCCGGUGGGAUCUUCACGGCGACUGGAACCAUCGGAGAUACCGUACAGCUCAAACUCAUUCACGUAUGCAUACUCAAAGGAGCCAUUUCAGACUUGGUCCGGCCCUUUGGCUCCCAUUGGAGCCUCUGACUCAACCGCACGGAGGAGGAAUGAUAUUAACAAGGAGAGACGAAUGGCUGCUAAGGUUAAAGGAAAAAGAAUCCUUGUUUGAGAUUAUAUUAUUCAUCCAUCUUGCAAGUUUCAACAUGUUCCUUUUUGAUAGAUACUUUGAGAAUGGAAAAAAAAGUGCCGCUUGUUUUUUUUUUGGUGGGUUAUAUAUGUUUCUUAUUUUGGUUGAUCUGUGUAUUGUACAAGAGAAUUGACAAAACAUUGAAAUGAGGGAAAUCACAUUCUAUGAUAU